GGUUUUGUUGUCUUUUUAUAAUGCAAAGUUUCCAGGCGUCACAUGACUUCCAGUCGAGAGUGAGAGAUUUUCUAAGUUAGCCCACAUCACACACACCACUAAGUCGAGAAAGAUAGACAGAGAGAGAGAGAGAGAGAGAGAGAGGAGGAGGAACUGUUGCUACGCAUUAAGCAUUGAACUGUGCUCGACUCAACACACUUCUCUGCACACACACACACACACACACUCGCUGGAGGAGAAAGAGCAAGCAAAGAAGAAAGGAAGAAAGAGCGACAGAGCAACAGAUAGAGCGGAGAGAAAGAAGACAGAGAGAGAGAGAGAAGAGUGGUAUGGCUCAGGGUUCAGACAGUAAUGAUACAGGCUACACCAAAUCACCAUCACCGGGACACAAACAGGGAUCAUCAGAAGAUGUGAGGAAAGUGAUGAGGAGGGAGAAGAAUCGCAUUGCGGCUCAGAAGAGCAGGAUGAGACAAACACAGAAAGCAGACAAUCUGCACCUGGAGAGUGAGAAUUUGGAGAAGGAGAACACAGCUCUGAGGAAGGAAGUGAAGAGACUGACAGAGGAAGUGAAGUAUCUGUCCACGGUGCUGAGCAACCAUGAGCCGCUGUGUCCAGGCCUGAAUGCUACGCCCACUGAACUGCUGUACAGCUCACACACACACACACCUUUCCACCAGCACAUCAACACACCGCAUUACCCACUCUGACCAUACCAUACACACUCAUACACAUGCACACACACACACACACUUACACACUGAUGUCCCUUGGGAUUGUGUAAUUUGUCAUUUCAUGUUGAGAGUGUCCUCUGUGUUAUGCACUCUGACCAGCAGGGCGGUGCUGUUUAUCCAAUUCAUCCACUUACUACAGGCUGAAUCCUAAAUGCACUUAUUAGAUAUCUUAACAGUUAAGAUAACGAGUAUGAUAAAAGUUAAUGAUAAUGACUCAUUAAUGAAAGUAUUGUUUCGCACUAUAAGUAGUGCACUUAUAUAUAGAGUAGAGUUCAGUAUAGGUGGCACGUAGUGCACUAGAUAGGGUAUAUAGAAAGACUCAAUCCUAAAUUGCUUCCUCUAUUGGAUAUGGAGUGCAAGAGUCAUUUAUUUCAUUCUGUAGUUCACUUCUGUACUGAUUCCUAGACAUGUAGUGCACUGAUGAAGGGAGAGGUGAGUUAUUUGGGACACAGGCAUGAAUAAUGAUGGCUCUUACAGUACACUGGAUUAUCCUCAAGGUGACUUCUGCUUUCAGAUGAAUAAAAUGUUAAACGAGCCAUCUGAUGAAUAUUUUAUACCAUCAGUUCCAAUGACGUAUUGAAUGUUUACUGUGUUUACUUAUGAUUUUUUGUCACACAUUUCACUUGAGUCUUUUUUCAAUUUAUACAAUGUGAAAGUUGUGUGCGUAGGAGAGGUCAGCGUUUAAUAAAGUGUAAAUCUUUCAAUAAAAAAACGAACUAA